AUGGAAAAUCUAAAGGACCGGAGGAGGGGCGAAGUGACUCCUUCAAUCUCUUCAGAAAGAGCAAUAAUGACUCCGAAAGUCCACUUGUUGUUCCUGCCUCUCCUCUUUACUGUUGCUACAGGGGAGGGACUCCAGGACAAGAAGGGUCCGUUUGAGAACACCGCUCUGGACGUCCCAGAGGCCACGCCCGUGCCCUAUCCCAUUCACCAGUUUGAGCUGAAACAUACAGUCACUGAAUUCCGUCUGAGUGGAGAAGGAAGCGAUGAUGUGAAGAUGUCAGUGGACGGGUGGCUCUUUCUGCAGCACCCUCUGAACUGGGCCAGAAACGAUCAUUACAUUAUUGGGGUAGAAGCUCUAGAUGGAAGCACUGUUGUAGAAGGCCCCAUUUAUGUGACCAUAAACGUGCUGGACAUCAACAACCACGCUCCAGUCUUCAACUCCAGUGAAUAUACAGCAGUGGUCCUGGAGAACAGCCCUGCAGGCGUCCCCUUCACUCGUGUCUUUGCUUCGGAUCUGGACGACCCGGCUUCUCCCAACGCUCGCCUCAAGUACAGUUUGGUAAACCAGAUCCCCAACAAGCACCACACCGCUAUGUUCCAGAUCAACGCUGACACCGGCGCCAUCUCCACCACACCAGAAGGAGCGCAGCUGCUGAAGGCCAGGGAGGGGAUCCAAUACAGCAGAGGGGAAGACCAGAGCCUCGAGGCCUUGAAGACUAAGUUUGACCACUUCUGCUCUCCGCUGCAGAACAUCCCGUAUGAGCAGAACCCUUUCUUCAGCUGCGUGGAGAGAGCAGAGAUCAGGAGGAGGACCAUCAACCCCCUGGAGGACCCAGACUACACACUGAUCGUGCGAGUGCAGGAUUUGGGGGGAGAGUCGGAGAAUGCGCUCACUGGAAGCGCCUACGUGAAUGUUAUUGUCAAACAAAACCUCUGGGUGAACCCCGGGCCUGUCACCAUCAAGGAGCACCUGAAGAAGUCCUAUCCACUCUCCAUUGCAAAGGUAGAAUCUAACGAUGCAAACGCACUCUACCGACUGGUGCAAAAAGAACGAAGUGCUCUGAAUUUCCCCUUCAGCAUCUCUGUGGACGGAGACAUCCAGCUGACACAGGAACUGGACCGAGAGGACAAAGAUGGGUACAUCCUGGUGGUUUUUGCUGAGGACCAGUACGGGAACCAGCUGGAUCCACCCAUGGAAAUCCCAGGUGAUCGUGGAGGACGUGAAGACAACGAGCCUCAGUGUGAACUCGAGGAGAACGUGUUUGAAAUACAGGAGGACGAACUCGUCGGUACAAAAACACAUAAUGAUAAUAGUUAUAAAGCAUAA